UAUAUAAUCUGUGAUCAGCAAUGUCAUUUUCAUUUUGUCAUCUGUCAUUUUGUCAUCGUCGGUCGUAAAAUCUAAAAAUAAUAGAAAUUAUUUCAAAGUUUCUUAGAUUGACAAAAUCGUAGCAAUUUGAACAAAACUCCAACAAAAUGUCGGAUAUAAAAAUAGUUGCCGCAAGCAUUGUGAACUUCCUAAAGCGACAGCUAGAAGGCGACUCGCUCAGCGUGGACUCGCGCGAGAGCGUCGAGGUCGGCGUGCAGUGCAUCGAGACCGCCUUCGAGCUCAGUCCCGAAGACGCGGCGCGCGGCCUGGACCUGCUGCAGCUGGUGCGCGCCCAGACCCGCGCCGCGCCGCUCAACGCGCCGCCCACGCGCUCCGAGGCCGAGAAGCUCAAGAACGAGGGCAACGAGUUCAUGAAGAGCGACCGCCACCGCGAGGCGCUGGAGAAGUACACGCGCGCCAUUGAGCUCGACCCCUCCAACCCCGUGUACUUCUGCAACCGAGCCGCCGCGCACUUCAAGCUCGGCGAGAACGAGGCGGCCGUGGCGGACUGCACGGCGGCGCUGGGCCUGCAGCCCGACUACGGCAAGGCGCACAGCCGCCUGGGGCUGGCGCUCACGGCGCUGGAGCGGCACCGCGAGGCGCGGGCGGCGUACGCCCGCGCCGCGCAGCUGGAGCCCGACAACGAGUCGUACCGCCAGAACCUGCGCCUGGCCGACGAGCAGCUGGCCGCGCACGGCGAGCGCGCGCCGCUGGACCUGGGCGGCCUGCUGCAGAACCCCGCGCUGCUCAACAUGGCCACGGAGAUGCUGGCCGACCCCAACAUGCAGAACUUGAUCUCGGGCCUGAUGAGCGGCGGCGGUGGCGGCGGCGCGGCGGGCGCGGGCGGGCCGGCGGCCGCGGGCGGCAUGUCGGCGCUGCUGGAGGCGGGGCAGGCGCUGGCGCAGCACAUGCAGGCCGCCAACCCCGAGCUGGUGGAGCAGCUGCGGCGCCAAGUGCGUCCGCCCGGCCCCAGCCCGCCGCAGUGAGUCCGCGCCGCGCGCCCGCCAACUCCCAGCGGAUCUUUGUUUAAUCUUUUAAGAUGUAAUAUAAUUUUAUUUUAUUCAAACUUGCUGAUUUUCUGACCGUUAGUGGGGCUGAUUCAACUGACUUUUACUUAUAAUAUUCACAUAAGACACUACUUGUGCCUGUUACUUUUAUGAUAGUAGCUGAUGGGUCACUUGUUAAAUUAGUAGUCUUACCUGUCCACGCCAGUGUUGUUCCCAUAGAUGUAUAUUAUAUGCUCAAUGAACACUUGACUAAUGUCAUACAGAAUAUCAAGUCAGAUAUUGAGCAUGCAACACAGACCACUGCUGGUUGAAGUUCUGUUUUUGUAUAUUUGUGAGAAUAUUUUGUAAUGGAGGUGGUAGCACUAAUUGCAUUUAUUUGUUGGCAGAUAUUAUGUAACCACACAGGACUCAUUGUAUCACUCUAUCCCUAGAUUAGACUUAAAUUGUAUAAAGUAUACUCCUGUAUGGAGUGUAAGACGUAUAGACCAUGCUCUCAAGCAUGUCUUGUAAAAUAUAAUAUUUAAAUUAUGUGUGGAAUGUUAAACAAGGAAGAAACUUUAAGCAAAGUUUAUCUCUGUUUAACCCAAAUUAUUAAAGCUAAGGUUUCAAUUAUUGGUAUUGUUAAUAAAUUUAUUUAAAUAAUA